AUCGUAUUCAGUUCAUGAUCGCACGAGUGUUAGUGUCUUAUCAUCACUCUGUUAUCUCUCUCGAUUAAGUUAACGUCUAUUAGUUUAUUGAGGCUAAAUCGACAUGAGUUUAAUGCCAAAUCUCAGUUAUCUCAGGCUCAGAAUAAAUCAGGAAGUCCGACGGUAUAAAUGGUGACCAAGCAGAUCAUGUGUCAUGUUCGUGACAGUCGUCAUCUGCGGUGCCGAAUGAAAAUAUACGUAUACCCGCAAUUUCAUUCAAGAGUAUAAAAGAUGCACUGAUGUAGAUAUAAAGCCUGUCACUUCUGAGUUCUGCGUGCAUCACUUCGCGACUUUACGAAACGGCACAGUGAAGUGAGCAUUUAAGUGAAAUAGACAACCAAAGUCGAAGCAAUUUUUACAGAAAUGGCCCUAGAGACACCGGCAUGGCUGAAUCUAUGCUUCGUAGAGAAGAUCCUGCGAAAGUCGGAAGGCGACAACUCGAUUCAGGUGAUCGAUAUAUUCUCGAAACCGGCCACGGCUAAGGGUGACAACUACACUAGCGACAUGAUUAGGGUUACUGCCGAAUUUUCGCGUGACCAAGGCGGCAGUAAAAUUACGGAGAAGAAAUCAAUCAUUGUCAAAAUCUCGCCUCUAGUUGAAGGCAUUCGUCAGGACAUGAUUGAAUUAUCAGGCAUGUUCCACACCGAGAUAUCGAUGAUGUCAGAUACUUUGGAUAAAAUGAAUAAGUUGUUAGGGCCGGAGCAUCGCUUAAGCGGGAAAGGCCUAUACGUGCAAAAUAAAAAUCCAACUCUUCUGGUGAUGGAGGAUCUCGCGCCUCUCGGCUUUCGCAUGGCUGAUCGUCUGUCUGGCCUUGACCUAGCUCAUACCAUAUUGGCGCUUGACGGACUAGCCAGGUUCCACGCAACUUCAAUAGCCAUAUGCGAGAAGGAACCAAAGCAAAAAGAAAUGUAUUCGAAAGGAAUGUUUAACGAGCAGUACCCACCAGAAAUGAGCAAUUUUUUUAAUAUGAGUGUUAAAGCUUUAGCAGAUGAGGUUGCAAAUUGGCCGGGAAUGAAAAAAUACUCGGAAAAAAUUGCUAAACUCACCGACCACAUAUAUAAAAUAGGUAUAAAUGCAACCAAGCCAUGUGAGGAUGAAUUCAAUGUUAUUAAUCACGGUGAUUUUUGGGUAAACAAUAUGUUGUUUAAAUAUGACAAUAAUGGCAAACCUAUUCAGCACAUUUGUGUGGACUUCCAACUAUGUGUCUACACAUCGCCGGCAAUCGAUCUUCAGUAUUUUCUCAGUACAAGUCCUUCCCCGGAUGUCAUUGAAAACAAGAAAGAUGUUUUAUUAAAUGAAUAUCUUAGCGCACUGUCGGCGACUAUGAAGCAACUGGGCUGCAAGACGCAGCCACCCACCAUAGAAGAACUGAAAGCUACCCUAAAACGUAAAGCCAGCUAUGGAAUGAUAGCAUCCUUCUCAAUUUUACCGAUCGUGCUGUGCUGUAAGACUGAGGCGAAAGAUUUGGAUGAAAUCAUGAGCAGUGGCUCUUAUUCAAAUCCGGGUCUAAAGGGCGAGAGUUAUAAAAAAUUGAUGAUGAAGAGACUUCCAAUGUAUGACGAAUGGGGUUUGCUAGAUCUUUAAUGCAUACUUGACUUUUAUUGUAAUAAAUAAUGUAGAAAAAAAAAUAAUAAGCAU